GGUAUGCAUAACGCUAGCCAGUAUGAACCAAUUCGUGUCAAAAGUUAUAUAGAGUUCCUCACAUGGUACAACAAAAAUGUUCAAUUGUUGUGUACUAGUGGUGUUAGUUCUAACUUUGUUGUGUUGUCUUGUUUGUGUCGGUUGUAAUGUGCAAAGUUAUGAGGAAUUUGAGAGGAAUUUGAUACAUCAGUUGAAGCUGCAGGCCAAUUUGGCGCGGACUAGGUGUAAUAAAGAGGGAUAUGUUCUUAUUUACGGGAAAUGCAGGGAGGUUUUUCCAGAAUAGGAAUCGCUCAUCACCUAGCCGGUCUUCCAGGCCCACCCCCAGAAUGGGCGAUGUUGAGCGGACGAAAUCCUUAUCCGCAUGGUCCUUUCAUAGGUCAUCAUCAUCCUCACUUCCCACCACAGAUGUUUGCUGCCCUCGAUAGACCUUUAAACACCUCACCGCGGAUAACAAACGAACCUUCAUCGACGUCUUUAGGUCCCAUCAGCAUAAACUGCAGUAGUAGUGCGCACAGCACAACUUCUCCCAAAACAUCCCCAGCAUCCCAAGUUGGUCUCCUCACCACAGCGGGAGAUUCUCAGUCACCCCAAGAGGAGGACAACAUAUCCGUCACGGCUUCUCCCACUCCUUCCCCUCAACCGUCACCUGCUUUUCCCGGAAUUCCUCCCUCUCCCCAGCUAUUUAACAACGCAUUGGCUGCCAGUUUAUUCCUGAACAACCCUCUACUGCCUCCUCCAGGACAGUGGUUCUAUUCUCAAUUAUAUCCCCAGGAUUGGAGCUGGAUGAACUUUAGGAACAAUGCAGCGUUGGCAAGGAGUACAUCACAAGACGAUUCUUCACAAAAUCCCGACAGUUCCAGUGAAAAACUGGACGUAACAGAAGUAGAUGACGAUAGCAAAGAUGUAAAGGACAUCAAGGACAAACCCGAAGUGAAAGGAGAGAAGUUGGAAAAAGAAGAAAAACCAUCGGAGGGGAUCAAUCUGAGCUUAAAAGUGAGGAAAGCUGCCAUAACCUUAGUGAGACAGAAAGAUGAAGUCAGUUCUAGUGAAAGGGAUGAUGUAAGAAGCAGUGCUAGGGACACAAACAGAAACGUGUGGAGACCUUACUAGUAUUAUGAUGAUAUAUAAUAGCUUAGGAACUGGCAUUCGAUGAAUCUGAGUUUGCAAAGUGUGAGUGCGACAUUAACAAACGUUAACAGAAAAUGGAUCAAAUGUACCAAUCCGGGAUUUGCUAAUCCUCUUGGUGCAUUUUUCAAUCUUCUCCAGAGUAGUCUAAUAUACUUAAUCUGGCGAUUCCUAACGUAGCUUUAUAAAAAAAUUGGAAUCGAAAAUGGCGUGCCAUACCUCACUAUAUUAGGAAAAAUUGCAGUAACUGCUAAUCAGUGAUUCCGAAGGUAUGACAAAGAUGUUGAAGAUCCAGUCAAGACUCAUAACUCAUUUUAAGAUGGACUAAUUUGUUUUCUGGACGAAAGUGAUGCACAGUUCAUUCAUGCACCAUGGUGCGGGUUUACUAAUACUCUCAAAAUACAGUGUGUCAAAUAUAUUCAUAUAAUUUUGUUAUUAUCUAACACACGAACAUGCGCUUUCUCAUAAUACUAAGCAUGAAAUCAACUUAGUAGUAUUAUGAGUGGAACACUCUGUAUUAAGAUUCAAAGUGUGGUAUUCCAAAUUUGCAUAUGUAUUAUGUUCAAUUGCCACAAACGACAAAAAGUUAUUCAAGAUGAGCAACUAAAAAGUUCCAGUUAUAUCAGCAGAGUUGUCCUGGGAGACUUAAUUUAGUUCAAAUAUGUGAGGUAUGUUUCUAAAGUUAUAGAAGUUUUUUCUGCUGAUUUUAUCAAUCAUACAAAAAUUACAUUACCUAUACCAAUAAAAAUUGCAAAAUAUGUUAGUAUAAUUGUAAUUCAAGAAUUCAAGACGUACCAUCACAUCCAUAUUUCGCACUAAUUUUAGACCCCUAAAAUUACUUAUCAUUUUGUGAAACACUCAAAGCUAAUGAAUUUUGCAUAUAAAAUGAGGAUGGUAUGUUCCAAGUAGUUAGAGCCGAGUUGAAUUUCCAUAACAUUGGAAACAUCAUUUGUAUUAAUUAUUCAGUAAAGUCUGUACUUUGUAUUUCAAAUUAAGUCUAGUAAGAUACUCGUACAUAGAAAAAAAGAUGUCUGGUCUCGGGUAAAAAUACCUGACGGAGUGAUUACUACAUGUCCUAUGGAACUUCGGUUUUUCAUAACUAUAAUCACAAUGUACAUAUUUUGAUUCCAUCCUUUUUAAACGUAAUGAGGGUGCUCUUUCAGUAGACAACAAGCUCACUGAGGUAGUUUUUAUUUGACUUGUUUGUAUUAUACAGCUAUGGUUCUAGAUAUUCACCAAUACUAAAUGUUCUGCCGCCGCAAUACAUUUCUAACCUUAUACUUGGAUAUGUGUAUCUUCAAAACAGAAUUAUCCGUCUAAAGAGCACAUAGUCUAUUAGACCCCUGUCUGAGCACCGUCACUACGAAAUGUCGUAAAUCUGAAUGUAUAUCAAAGUCCCUCCAAAUGGACAAGAAUUAUCGAAUUUCACGGAUACCCAUGCUGAUGUCCAAUUUUAUACACCACAACACUCUUUGACGUUAUAUAACCUGUACAACCAACUUGUACAUACUAAUUUUUAAGAAGAUUGUUACCAUAUCGAUUGAUUUAUGUAGAACAUUAUGUUUGUAAAUAAAUUGUUGUAACAAAAUCA